UUUAAAUGCCCACACCGUCAGAUGGGCCGCCAAGAAUGAGUGUGGUGAGUGCGAGGGAGGACCCCAACAUGCCACGAAGCAUGAUCCAGAAGAACCCACGUCGGUCGUCCAACCACGAAUGUGCAGAUGAGUGGUGCUGCAUAGAUCCGUUCCCAUCGAUCGCGGAGGACUCAGGACUGACAAAGAACCCAAAUGUCUCUGAGCAAAACGUCGCUGUAGCAGCCAUUUUGCAAAGUGAGGAUCAACAAACAUCACAGAAUACCUGGUUACUUGAUCCAAAUUCUCCAGCACUCAUGGACUCCCUGGAACAACCGAAGAAACAGAAGCAGCCAUUCGACAACGCCUCUUUCGUCCCCGACGACUUGGACGAUAUCAAGUCACCCAAAACCGCGGGGUUCUACGACUUUGGAUACUCGUCCUCGUCGGCGGCGACGGUGGCGGCGGCGGCGUCGACGCCAAGUGGCGGCGAGCAGGAUUCGCUGACGUCGGGUCAACCCGGCGACGAGGAAUGCGCAGUGAUUCAAGCCGGGUGCGAGGGUCGGUACAGGAGACUGUCGUUCGACAGUCGACCCGUGACCCCGAUCGGUGUCACGAGCAAAGAGCGGCGGGCCUCGGUUUCCAUCGACGUUCCCGUCGCUGUUCUGCGGAUGACCCCGAUCAAUGACCCCCGCUGA